AUGCGCUUUUUACAAGUAUUAUUCAAUAUGUUAUCAUUGAUAACAUUGGUGAUAAGUUGGCCUGAUGGUGCGCCUUGUAUUCAUGCCGUCUUUGAAUCCAUGAAUCCACUUGAAGCAGUUGAGCAUCAAGGUGGUUUGCAGCUUACUAUUCCACCAUAUCAUAUUGCAGUUCGGCAAAAGUGUUAUUGGAAAAAUCAACCUAUUGAAUUAAGUUUGAGAGGAAAUACAAGUACUGAUCGAUUUCGCGGUUUUGCUCUUCAACCAAUUUCUUACAGAGGACCAAAUCAAGGUAAAAGAGUAGGACAAUUUCUACGACUAGACGAUAAUGGUUCCUGGCAGCAGCAAUGUUUUCGCUUCAAAAAUUCAGUAACACAUUCGCAUGAUGAAAAGAAGAAACAGAUCAAAUUGUGGUGGAAAAAUGAAUUGAGUGAUAAUGAUUAUGUACAAUUCGUGGCAACUGUUGUUAAGGCACAAAAACAAUUUUGGGUUAAAUCGAUCAAAUCCAUACCGAUACCACCAUGUCGCAUAGAAAGUACCGGUAUUAAAGAUUAUAUACCGGAUCCAAUAACACCACCACCACCGGUUCGUCAUUUUGUGCAAGAAGUUGUUAUUUAG